AUGGCCUCUUGCCCAUCCAAACGACAAUCUAGGGGCAAGGACGAUGACGGCCAAUCACCAACGACCCCGCGACGAACGAAAAAGACCAAGACCGAUGUUACAGAAGAAUCCGAUGAAGGAAGAACGGCCCGAGGAAAAGUUAGACUGCGCGUUACCCGAGCCUGCAACGAAUGUCGAAGACGCAAAGACCGAUGCGAUGGGAUCCGACCCUCGUGCAAUUCAUGCCUGAGCAUCGGUCGUAGCUGUAGCUAUGGGCCUGCGAAGAAACGUGGGCUACGCACCGGAUACGUACGAGCUCUCGAGCUACUGCUUGGCAUGAUAGUCAGCACCAUCGACGAUGCUGAUGAAUGGCUGGCUGCGGUACUCGAUGGUGAAGACCGACGGCCUAAGUUUGGGUUACGGGAUUUGAGUCUGGUGGUUUCCUCCAACACGGAUGUCACCGAUACCCUGGCGGAGUCUUGGAGGACGAGCACAAGCUCGAAGAUAGUGGAGAGACUUCUCUCUGUCGAUGAACCUUCAGAAAGCCUCGAAGACGGCGAAUCCUUCAAGAAGUUCGAGUCAGGCAUCAGAGAGGCCAUCAAGCUCGCAGCCAAAAUCUCGGCGGACCAGGUCUCGAUUGUUGACAAUGAGCUAGACAUGGUAACUCCCACAUACACCGACGUCAGCCAACCCGAUUACUCACCGGCCGGAACUAUCACUCUGGCGAAGCAAGACGUCAAUUCGGCUCUGUCACUCUAUUCGCUUCAACCAACUUUCCCUGAGAAUGCCUUGACCAUACCACCGGUCCCAAUACCACAACACCAUGCAUGCCCGCCGCAAAUACCUCCGAAUUGGGCACAACUGCUGGAUGUGUACUUCUCCAACACGCAUUCGUGGCUACCCAUGGUGCAGAAACACGAUCUUUUGCGAUUGGUUUACUUGAAAGCCAAUAACGAUAAGGAUGCCAACAUAUCGAACGCUAUCGACAGCGGAGAUCUUUGCUUUCUCUGGACAGUCAUGGCCUAUUCUUCGCGCCAGUCGGGAUCUUUGGAGGUUUCAAAGGUCUUCCUUGAGUCGGCGACAGAUGCUCUGGCUGAAGACAACGGAAAGUACGAAAUCGGUCACAUAAGAGCUCUGCUCAUCGUCGCACUCAUCAGACUAGAGCAGGAAGACAGUGGAGCUGCGUGGCUCGCAAUCGGUCAAGCUACAUAUUCGGUUGCCAUGUCACUUCUUCCUGUAAUUACAGACGGGUCCUCGCACAAAGAGGAGGGCACACGGCGAACGCUUAUGUGUGUUUUUAUCCUUGACACGCUCAUCGCGAGCUUGACAAAGUCACGGCCCUAUCUCGACUCCUCAGACGCACAGAGCUUUGGAUUACUUGCCACAGAGUCCAUGGAAGAAUGGGAGCCAUGGCAUUCGAAGGAUUUGGAUAACCAGACGCUGCCGUCGAGCCACAGACCAGGACUGGUAUUGAGCACGUUCAAUUCCUUCUUCCUCCUUGUUUGCAUUUUGAACGACGUUGUGAGACUCGAGAUGAGAAGCGACAACAUUAGCCGCUGUCAUCACAUUAUGAAGGAAUUUGAAGAAUGGGGGAAGCAUCACUGGCCAGACUCCGAAAAUCGGCAUGGUGUCGCGACUACCCCCCAGGAUACGAAUCUCCGUCUUGCUUAUGCCAGUAUUUCCGAGACUCUGACGACACGAAUGCAACGCCUCAAGGGUACACAACAUGGAGUGCCGAGCAGGGGAUCCACGGAAACGCUUGUUCAGGAGCAAGCUCUUCUUCAACUUCUCGACACCACCAAGACAUUUCGCAUACCUCCGACAUCAAUAGUCUUCCUUACUAGACUCGAAGUCGCUUACGACUACCAAAAGAAUAUCACGCAGGGACUCCCAAGAUCUCCUGGGAGUUUGCAGUCCCUAAAGACUGCCCUGACUGAUGCUAGAAAGAGGGUUUCUCAGAGACACAGUCCCUCUACAACGUCUCACAGUGAAAUCGCCCAAAGCGAGCCAGCGGCCAUGGAAACCAUGGCAGAUUCCAUGCCAGUGCAUCAACCGGACCUUCGGCAGUUUCAGCCCGAAGCGCAAGUAAGCUUCAGUCAACUGAUGGACACUGCGACGGAGAACGUUGGCGGUGAACUCUUCAUGAGUCUCGCUGAUCUCGACUCAGCUGACUGGUAA